CAAAGCUACCCAAAAAGUCCCACUUAAAACACCCCCACUCACUCCACACACUUUCUCGAGAAAAAGAAGCCAAUUUUCCCACUCACCACGCUUUCCAGAGAGAGAGAGAGUGAAAGAAGCCCAAUUCAAGUGUGAGAGAGAGAGAGUCUGACUGCUUUGUCGACGAAAUGCACAUCCACGCAAAGACCGAUUCGGAGGUGACCAGCCUCGCAACGUCGUCGCCGACUCGCUCACCACCGCGACGGCCGGUGUACUACGUGCAGAGCCCGUCACGUGACUCCCACGAUGGGGAGAAGACCACGACGUCGUUCCACUCCACCCCGGUGCUCAGCCCCAUGGGCUCGCCUCCCCACUCUCACUCCUCCGUGGGCCGCCACUCCCGCGAGUCCUCCUCCAGCCGCUUCUCCGGAUCUCUCAAGCCCGGCUCCCGCAAGGUCUCGCCCAACGACGGAUCCGUCGGAAAACACCACCGGAAGAACCAGAAGCCCUGCGACGUCAUCGAAGAAGAAGGCGUCCUCGAAGACGAAGAGUCCCAGAAAUCCCUCCCCCGUCGCUGCUAUUUCCUCAUUUUCAUCCUUGGCUUCUUCCUUCUCUUCUCUCUCUUCUCUCUCAUCUUGUGGGGUGCUAGUAAACCACAGAAACCCAAAAUCACCAUGAAGAGUAUUACAUUUGAGAGAUUUGCGAUUCAAGCUGGUUCGGAUUAUUCAGGAGUGGCUACAGACAUGAUCUCCAGCAACUCGACUGUGAAAUUCACAUUCCGCAACACUGCAACUUUUUUCGGAGUCCAUGUUACAUCAACAGCUCUGGAUCUGUCAUACUCUCAACUCACAGUUGGAUCUGGAGAUAUGAAAAAAUUUUAUCAGUCGAGGAAAAGCCAGAGAUCGGUGGCUGUGUCGGUGAUCGGAAAUAAGAUUCCUCUGUAUGGAAGUGGGGCGAGCUUGAGCAGUUCAACGGGGACGCAUCUGACGGUGCCUGUGCCUCUGAAUCUGAGCUUCACUGUUCGAUCGAGAGCGUACGUUCUGGGUAAAUUGGUGAAGCCCAAGUUCUACAAGAAGAUCGACUGUUCGAUUGUGUUUGAUUCCAAGAAAUUGAAUAAACCCAUCUCGCUCAAGAAUUCAUGUACCUAUGAUUGAAUGCAGGAGUCAUUAAAUUUUUUAUUUUUAUUUUUAUGGGAUAAAAGAGUUGUUAGACAGUUGGCUACUUUUGCUGGUUCACUUUUCUUCAAAAAUGGUGAUGGGAAGACAGCUAGACGGGCAGGCUUUUGAGUUGUUCGGGCAGGGUGGAGAGACGCGGUGUUGGAACCUUUUUUGGCUGCCCGAUUGCCCGGUAGUGCAAUGACGUGUGUGAAUUAAUGACCUUUUACAAGUUACAACCCACGCACACAACUAAAGGGGUUUAUUUAUUUAUUUAUUAUGUAUAAUGUGGAAAGUAAUAUAAUUUAUUUGUUAGUGGUUUCAUUUA